AUGGAACAGUCUUUAGAAGCCAAACUUGCAUCCAUCUGUUUGAUAUCCCAGUAUAAAUUAGAAAAAAUUCUUACCGCAUGCGGUGAAAAAACCGAUUUAAUUAUAGAUGCAUCACUUAUAAAACCCUUGGAGAGGAUUUGUGGCGUUACUUGGUUGAGACAACAUGGUGUUGAGAAGAUAUACAAAAUGGACCCACACCUGGGGCAAACUGCAAACACUACAAAAAUAUACUUCAUAUCAGCCUGCAUACAAAAAUACAAAUGUGUUUUGGAUCAAAUAUCAUCCCAACUUAGUCAAAAUCCUUCAAUGAGGGAAUUAAAGUGCUUUAACAUAAUUAUUGUGCCAAAAGUUUUGCAAACAUAUGAUUCUAUACUUGAAAGUAGAGCAUUCGGCUACAAAUUUAUGUAUGUUUUCAACAAUUUGAUCAAUGCCGGUUUGCUAGUCCAACCAUCCAGUCCCAAGUUGUCAUUGAACAUAUCCAACUUAAGUGGGCUCAGUGACAGGUUGCCCCGUUGGCAAAGCAGCUUUCAGAAUCAGGCCAGUAAGCUGAAACAGCUGCCUUCGCCCGAAGACUCUAAGGCCUCGCCCGGCUACGUUUUCAACGGCAGCUACGUGCCGCUGGUGGCUGUGAUCUGCAAAGCUCUACUGACCUCCGAAUCCCUGACGGAGGCUUUGAAUAAGCUGUCACCCCUGGCCGAACUGAAACUCGGCGGUGGUAUCUUGGAGCACACUAGGGACGGCAUUGAAACGCUGAACGAGAAACUCUCCAAUAUCCGGCUGCAGACCGAGUUGGAGUACGGCUGUAGGGAAGCCAGGUCGUUGCUGAAGCUGUUGAAGAGCGAUGCGAAGUUAGCGCAGGCGUUCUCUUUGAGGACGAAAUCGGUGUUGGUGUUUGUGGUCGGUGGCGUGACGUACGCUGAAGUGGCGGCGUGUGACGUCAUCCAGAAGGCGACCGGUGGCAGGGUCUACGUGGCGAGCGACUGCAUCGCCAGUGGAAGCGAUUAUAUGGCGGCAAACACU